AUGAAUUUACCACCGAAUGUAGAAAGACGUGAGCAUGUUGUUAUAGACCUGAGCGAUGUGACUCCACAUACUUCUGCCGAUGAUCGCGGAUUUUUCGAUUCAGCUCAGUACAGUAAAGGAAAAGAUUUUGAUAUUUCUGGUACACUUUCAUCAAGAAAUACUGGAAGCUCGUUCAGUGAUCGAAAACUUAUGCAAGGAAAUUAUGUAGCUACUUUUUUGUCAAAUCAUGGAUUCGAUUGGUUACUGGAUGUAGAAGAAGAUGGAAUUGAUUAUUCAAAGUCUCUUUUUGAAGAACUAGAUAUUGACUUAACGGAUAUUUUCUAUAAAGUGCGCUGUGUAUUACUUCCACUGCCAUAUUUUCGGUACAAAAUAAAUAUUGUUCGUGAUUCACCCGAUUUUUGGGGACCGCUGAUUGUUGUUUCAGCUUAUGCUCUGCUCUCAUUGUAUGGACAGUUGGGAGUGCUUUCUUGGAUUCUAAUAAUCUGGUUAGUUGGAUCGUUUUUUGUAUUUUUUUUGGCAAGAGCUCUGGGAGGAGAAGUUGGCUACGGUCAAGUAUUAGGCAUUGUUGGGUAUUGUCUCAUACCACUGGUCGUUAUCGGCUUACUCAUUUCACUUUUAUCAAGCUUCCCUUCAAUCUCCAUAGCUCUUGGUUGUUUUGGAAUUCUUUGGUCAGUGUACAGUGCUGGUACACUUUUAUGUGUUGAUGAACUGCGUGAGAAAAAGUCUUUAUUACUUUAUCCGGUUUUUUUGUUAUAUGUGUACUUUUUUUCAUUAUACUCAGGGGUAUGA